AUGCACUUCCCUCUCGUCGCAGCCGGCGUACUUGCAACACCACCCACAUGCAACUUCCCGGAAAUCGUUGGUCCUCUCAUGGGCACAACCGAAUGUGAUACGUACAUUGCUUCUCUCGUUCUUGACAGCGUGGUAUAUGUCAUCGGCCAGAUCGACAACGACAGCACCUGCACUGAUGACACGGGCAACCACAAGGGCACUGUCAUUCUCGAGGGCAACGGCGCCGAGAUUGGAGUUUUCGCCGGACACAUCGAGAACUACUAUUGCGCACAUGCGCGUGCUGCGUACGAGAGACAUACCCGGCUUGUCAGAGCAAAGGCAAGGGCGGCGGAAAAGUACUUCAUUGCUAACAGCCCCAACCGUAUCGAGACUUCCCGGAAGCCAUAG